GCUAACGCCUACUUCGAGGUAGAAGUGAAAGAGAACCAGGACGGCAAGAAGUUCGCAGAGCUAGUGCUGCGCCGUGCGCUGGACCGCGAGAGCGAGCAGAGCCUGCACCUAGUCCUGACGGCGGUGGAUGGCGGAGAACCGCGUCGCAGCGGCACCGCCCAGGUCUGGAUCAACGUCACCGACGCGAACGACAACGCGCCCGUUUUUGCGCAGGACCGGUACCAGGCGAGUCUGUACGAGGAUGCCCCCCCAGGCGCCUCGGUGCUUCAAGUCUCUGCCUCCGACAGCGACGACGGUACCAACGCCCAUAUCACCUACAGCUUCGACAAAGUGACAGCCAAGGUGCUUCGGCAAUUCGGUCUACAGGCAGAGACCGGGAUUAUCACGCUGAAGGAAGCACUGGACUUCGAGGACACGCGAGGCUACACUCUGCUAGUGGAGGCGAGAGACGGAGGUGGCCUGGCGACGCACUGCAAAGUAGAAGUGGAGGUGCUGGACGUUAAUGACAACGCGCCCGAAAUAGCGAUAUUAUCGGUGGUCAGCACAAUCCCUGAGGACUCCCCGCCCGACACCGUGGUUGCCCUCGUGAACGUCCACGACGCGGACUCUGGCGACAACGGGAAGGUUUGGUGCGAGCUGGAGGGCGAGUCGCCGCUGUCGAUCGUGGCGUCGUCGGGCAGCUCGUACAAGGUGGUGACGGCGAGCGCGCUGGACAGGGAGCGCGCGUCCGAGCACAACGUGACGGUGCCCACCUGUCAGAUCGAUCCUGGAUUGUUAGCUUGGUUCCUGGCGGGGAGGUUCUCCCUGUCUGCUCCGGGCCAGCAGGUCACCCGGCAGCUUUGCUCUCAGGGCUGCGAUUUCUGCCCGCCUGCCGGUACCUUGGGGUCAGUCGGUGCGGCGCUCGCUGCCGUGCUCUGCACCCGGCUGCUUCCCACGUCGGGGCUGUCCGGGCGCGCUCCGUGCAAUUAUUGGCCGGGACUCUAUGUGCCGCUGUCGGCCAAUGAUGAAGCCAGGGAUCUGGCGGCCCGUCCCAGCUCGGAGCCGGGAUGA